AUGGCCGACUCAAGAAGCCCGAUUCCUCCGUCCUAUAACGAAGCCACGGCACCUCUAGCACAUUCUGCCCCUCCAAGGAACACAGCACGGCUGGCGCAACUUGAACCUCAGGAUCCCCACGACGAGCGAGGGAAUAGCGAACGCGUGCAUUUUGCCCAGGGACAGUACACGAAUUAUACCCAGCCUCGGCCCUCACCUGCACCCUUCCCCGCCGCCGCCGCGCGUUCUGACACUACCAGGGCACCCAAUAACGCCAGAAAUGCCCCCUGUCCGGCGAAACCUUUCGAAUCCACACCCCUCCACAUCAAUGUCGCCUCCAUACGUCUCGCCAUGGUCAUCCUCGUCUAUCUGCUCGCCUGUAUCCCACUCUUCUGCUUGAAGAGCGUCUACGACGAUGUUCGCACCAAGCUUGAUCGCGAACGCAACGUCCGAGAGUCCGAGAGGAAGCAGUGGCAGCAUCAGCAAGAAGAUCAUAAGAAAGACGAAGAGCGAUGGCAGCGCUUGCGCAGGGAGUGGGAGAUCGAGAAGGAGGCACAUAGACCGUAUUUCGAGGAGCCAGUGUUGAAGGACGUGUAUUGUCGGGCGUAUAAUACACGGGAAUAUAAGGCAAGGUUGUGGAAUGUGAGGUUGCCGGCGGAUAACUGGCUGGAGGCGUGCAUGAGCACGGAGGUGAAGAUCCAUGGAAGGACAAUCGGGCAGCCACACAGGUGUGCGGAUGAGGGAUGGGGCGUGAUCAUGGCCUACUGGACUGUCAACUUCGACGAGGUCGAGUGCAAAACCGUAUGGGGGAGAACCUGGGACAAGGGAUGCGUCAGACCGGGUAUCCAUGGCUACGAAGCUCCUCUCUGGGGUCAAAAAUGGGACGACGACUGGUACGAGAUGUGUUAUACCACCCCCGGUAAUCUGCCUGGUCUUCCCGGCGACCUUGGGCGUCCGAUUAGGUGCGAGCAAAGAGGCCAAAAGGGUGGUGGUAUGAUUGGAGUUUGGGAGGUCCCAGACUCGCGCUGCCGGUCCUUGAACGCAGAGAGCAUAGACUGA